AUGGGUUUGGUUCAGUUUUGCAUGUUGUUGAGUGUGUUGAUAAUGGCAGCCAAUCUGGGGGUGCUUUUUGUUGAGGCACGCCAACACCCUGCAGGGAUAUCAAAACAGGCUCAAGAGCAAACUGGAAGAGCCACAGAAAGUGGAAAUUAUCUGAAUGAAGGGGAGAUGAUGGAGCAGUUAAGCAAGGCCAAAAUGGAGUUUGGUCAGAUGAAGACUUUGUCACCUUUUCCUAAUAUUCCUGGCGUUCCAAUUCCACAGAUAUCAUUUGCGCCUCAAACUCCUGGUGUUCCAAUUCCACAGAUACCAUUUACACCCCAAAUUCCUGGUGUUCCAAUUCCACAGUUACCAUUUGCACCUCCAUUGGGAAUUCCUAAAAUACCUUCAGUCCCACCACUUCCUAACAUUCCAGUCCCUCCUAUCAACAUUCCCAAUAUCCCUUUCCUUUCACCUCCUCCUGCAUAA